GGCGAUACCGGAAGUUACGUAGGCCUUAGCGCCGGGAGUGUGUGGUUGCAGAAGGAGCUUGAUCCCUGUGUGUGCCCAGUGUCCGCCAGCCGGGACCUUCGGCUUCCGCGGACCUUAGGGGACCCUUGGCGGCAGCUCCCGGCCUACUUCCCGCGCACGGCCAUGUCUGGUAACGGCAACGCAGCCGCAACGGCGUUUUUAAAGGGCCAGCGGCUGGGUUGCCUUUAGCGGGGGAAAUCACUGCUGAUCGGGGCGGGCCUAAAAGAGAGAUUGUCUCGAACGGAACUCCGUUCCCGCAGCGAUCUGGAUGGGAUUCCAUCAGCACCUCCAUUGCCUUAGCUGGGAUGGGCUUCAGAGCUGUGAUCUGGUCACUGCAGCAACAGCAACAGUGGGUCCUCCUGCCACUUCUCUCUGGUCUCUUCCUGCUUCUCUGGAUCCGUGAGGAAGCAGAAGGAAGAAAACAGCCCAAAGAUGAGAGUGAUUCGUGUGGGUACCCGCAAAAGCCAGCUGGCCCGCAUACAAACGGACAGUGUGGUGGCAACGCUGAAAGCCUUAUACCCAGGCCUGCAGUUUGAAAUCAUUGCUAUGUCCACCACAGGGGACAAGAUUCUCGACACUGCACUUUCUAAGAUUGGAGAGAAGAGCCUGUUUACCAAGGAGCUGGAACACGCGCUGGAGAGGAAUGAAGUGGACCUGGUUGUUCAUUCCCUCAAGGACCUGCCCACGGUGCUUCCUCCUGGCUUCACCAUUGGAGCCGUCUGCAAGCGAGAGUGCCCCUAUGAUGCUGUUGUCUUUCACCCCAAAUUUGUCGGGAAGACCCUAGAAACCUUGCCAGAGAAGAGUGUGGUAGGAACCAGCUCCCUGCGGAGAGCGGCCCAGCUUCAGAGAAAGUUCCCACAUCUGGAGUUCAAGAGUAUACGGGGAAACCUCAACACACGGCUUCGGAAGCUGGAUGAGCUGCAGGAGUUCAGUGCCAUCAUCCUGGCUGCAGCUGGCCUGCAGCGCAUGGGGUGGCAGAACCGGGUGGGACAGAUCCUGCACCCUGAGGAGUGUAUGUAUGCUGUGGGUCAGGGGGCCCUGGGCGUGGAAGUCCGAGCCAAGGACCAGGACAUCCUGGAUCUGGUGGGUGUGUUGCAUGAUCCUGAGACUCUGCUUCGCUGCAUUGCUGAACGCGCCUUCCUGAGGCACCUGGAAGGAGGCUGCAGUGUGCCAGUAGCAGUGCAUACAGCUAUGAAGGAUGGGCAACUCUACCUGACUGGAGGAGUCUGGAGUCUGAAUGGUGCAGAGAGCAUGCAAGAGACUAUGCAGGCCACCAUCCAUGUCCCUGCUCAGCACGAAGAUGGCCCUGAGGAUGACCCACAGCUUGUGGGCAUCACUGCCCGGAAUAUUCCUCGAGAAGCCCAACUGGCUGCUGAGAACCUGGGCAUCAGCCUGGCCACCUUGCUGCUGAACAAAGGUGCCAAGAACAUCCUGGAUGUUGCACGGCAACUCAAUGAUGCCCACUAACUGGUCUGCGGGGCACAGGUGCCUGGGUUACUGCUGCCCAGGGCCUCAGUGCCCCAUUCUCACUGCUAUUCAGGGAGUGAUUACCCCAGGAGAUUGAACUGCAGGGGCAGACACUUCCAGAAUCUUGUCUCACUUUGAGGCCUUGUUGACUGCCUUGCCUCCUCAGUACGUUGGGGCUUCACUUCUAGAGAAAAUCCUCUAAUUAAGCCACAGCCUUUGAAUGUAACCACCUCUACUAAUAAACCAGAUUUGAACUAGAUUUUGAUUCUAGCGGGGUUGCAGGAAAGGUAACACACACAAAACCUUUUAUUCCAUACCUCAGAGGCUGGGACCCUUGUCCAGGUUCUUCUGGAACAUGCUGUUUCAGUCUCAAUACUUCUCAUUUUCCAACGGAAUAAAUUGUCUCCCAGGAAACAUCA